CCUGGGUGAAAGGGCGGCGGCAGCACUGGGCGGGGCAGAGUUCCACGGCGGGCAGCAGGGCUGUGGUGGGUCCUGCAAGCGGCUCAGGCGGGGCGGGGCCGGCCCAGCGGAGUCCGCGCGCGCCCGCACUGAGCUGCCCGCUCCGGCGGCUGCGCUGCUCGCCUGCUGCGGCGUCGCGCCGGGGUCUCCAAGCAUGACCGAGCUGAGGCAGAGAGCGGUCCGCGAACCGGACGCACCGCCAGAGGACAAGGAAUCGGAGUCAGAAGUAAAGGUAGAUGGAGAGACUGCAUCGGACACUGAGAGCCGAGCGGAAGCUGUUCCUUUAUCCACCUCUGCAGACGAUACCCCAGAGGUCCUCAACAGGGCCCUUUCCAACUUGUCUUCAAGAUGGAAGAACUGGUGGGUGAGAGGCAUCCUGACUUUGGCCAUGAUUGCAUUUUUCUUCAUCAUCAUUUACUUGGGACCAAUGGUUUUAAUGAUCAUUGUGAUGUGUGUUCAGAUUAAGUGUUUCCAUGAGAUUAUCACUAUUGGCUACAACGUCUACCACUCCUAUGACCUGCCCUGGUUUAGAACCCUCAGCUGGUACUUUCUACUGUGUGUAAAUUAUUUCUUCUAUGGUGAAACCGUGACAGAUUACUUCUUCACUCUGGUCCAGAGAGAGGAGCCUUUGCGGAUUCUCAGUAAAUACCACCGGUUCAUUUCCUUUACUCUCUAUCUAAUAGGAUUCUGCAUGUUUGUACUGAGUCUGGUCAAGAAGCAUUAUCGACUGCAGUUCUACAUGUUUGGCUGGACACAUGUAACAUUACUCAUUGUUGUAACCCAGUCACACCUUGUUAUCCACAACCUGUUUGAAGGAAUGAUCUGGUUCAUUGUCCCCAUCUCUUGCGUCAUCUGUAAUGACAUUAUGGCCUACAUGUUUGGCUUCUUCUUUGGUCGGACCCCACUCAUUAAGCUGUCCCCGAAGAAGACCUGGGAAGGCUUCAUUGGGGGCUUCUUUGCUACAGUGGUGUUUGGCCUUCUGCUGUCCUAUGUGAUGUCCGGGUACAGAUGCUUUGUCUGCCCCGUGGAGUACAACAAUGACACCAACAGCUUCACUGUGGACUGUGAGCCCUCGGACCUCUUCCGUCUGCAGGAGUACAACAUUCCUGAGGUGAUCCGGUCGGUCAUUGGCUUGACAACAGUCUGGAUGUACCCCUUCCAGAUCCACAGCAUCGCCCUGUCCACUUUUGCCUCGCUCAUCGGCCCCUUUGGAGGAUUCUUUGCAAGUGGAUUCAAACGAGCCUUUAAAAUCAAAGACUUUGCCAAUACCAUUCCCGGCCAUGGCGGCAUCAUGGAUCGCUUUGACUGCCAGUAUCUGAUGGCCACCUUUGUCAACGUGUACAUUGCCAGUUUUAUCAGGGGCCCGAACCCAAGCAAGCUGAUUCAGCAGUUCCUGACCUUGCGUCCAGAUCAACAACUGCACAUCUUCAACACCCUCAGAUCUCACCUGGCUGACAAGGGGAUGCUGACAGCCGGCACAGAGGAUGAAUAGGGGCCCCAGGGCCGAGAGAGCAAGAGUGAGCAGAGCGAGGGGCAGGGCCCCAAGGCAAGCCCCACUGGUGUGUCUCAGACUAUGACAAGGCUUCAACUCACUGGUGUUUUGUUUUUGUUUUUGUUUUUGUUUUUUUGUAGAGUGUUUUUUAUUUGUGGGAUUUAAAAACAAUCUGUAUAUAUACAGUCUAUGUGCUUAUGAUUUGGGUUGUGGGUAAACCAUAGCUUUGAGUUGGAAAGAAGUCACAAGGGUAAGACCAUUUGGGUCUUUUAUACAAAAGUUUUAACCUGGAAGGCAGUGUUGUGCCCACCUGGGGUGGUUCUGCUGGGUACUUCUAGCUCCCAAGCCAGAGCUUCUGUUUCGGUGCUCCAUCAGAGAGUGGAGACGUUCGUCUGUGUCUGACCGGUUCAGAGGACCCCCUGCCUGCCUUGUAGCUGCCCCCCCAGCAGGGAAGAGGUGCACAGCUUGGAUGCCUUUGCUACCCAAGAGCUUUCACAUGGGCGUCUUGAAAACACCUGCGCUGGAGUGACGGGACGGUUGCCUUCUGUAGGCUGGAGGGACACAAGCUUAUUAAUCAGAGGAGCAUCCUGCCCACAAAGCCCUGGGGAGCCUGAGCUGUGCGUUACGAGAAGGAUUCACCUUACUUCAUCACAGACUGAAUGAAAGAAGGCUUCGUUUGAUUUUUUUUUUUUUUUUCCCAGAAAGCACGAGAAAUUAUUUAUAAUAGUCUGAAAAAAUACACUGUAAUAUCUCAAGUGUAUGCAGUAGAAUGUACUGUAACUGAGCCCUCUCCCACAGGCUGUAGGCUCUGGUGGCUCUGACUAGCUGUGUCUGUUCAGGGACGAUGCUGUUCACGUUUGGGCUAUAGACUUGUUGCUGCUGAAUCCUUUCUGGGGGCUUUCCUGUUAGGGAGCAGGGGGGCUUCCUGUUCACGCACCCUUAGCCUGACCGACCACCCACGUAGCUGCUGUGUUGUGUAUAUACUACUCUUAAGGCAAAUGUGUAUCUGUGUGUGUGUGUGGUUUAAAAAUCACUUAUCCCUUGCGGUGAUUUCAGUUGUACCAUGACUUCUCCACUGAAACCACAGAAUCCUGCUUACAGCUCUGGAAACCUAAUCCGAUUAGAGGUUUGACUCUUCUGAAGAUUCAGUGCACAUUUUUUUUUUUUUAAUAUAAUGUGACCAGUUUAAAUGUAGUGUGUAUUUCGUUGAGGGACCUUUUUCCUUUUAAACUGUGAUUUAUUUUUUUUUCCCCUGCCUGAUUAUAGGAGUGAGGUUGACUUUGGGAAGACAAGUUCUUUGUUAGGACAGCAAGCAGGGGAGAAUGGGAGAGAGAACUUGGUGCCCAAAGGUGUUUGCUUAUUCUGUGCCACGGCUGUUCUCAUUGCCAAAUGCAGUGCAGAGACCCGCUUCAGCACCUUGGUCUGCGGCCGGUUCAUUCUGUUUCUGUUUAAAUCAGCCCUCCUGCUUCCCUGAAAGCUCACAGUCCGCCCAGAUGGCUGCCAUGUGCAGCACAGGGCAGGCCUCCCUCAACAUUGCAGCUCUCAGUCACUACGUGACUUUUUCUUCUGAGCGUGUACUUCUGUUUCAGCACAUGGCUUUUCUUUUAAAGGUCCAAGGCCCCCUUAAAAACAAAAUGUGUUUUUGCUUGGGGUUUCUGUUGUGGCUCUGUGACCCUGGGCAGGACAUAGCACUCUCCGGGGCCUCGUUUUCGGAGCUCUCUCCUAAGUCCAGUAUUCUGUGAUUUCUGGCUGAGCAAGUUCUUGUCACCAGAGGCUACUUAUGGGUAUCGAGUGAUGUCCUGGGCACCCAAAAAGCAACAGCUUUCAGGCCAUUUCUAAAUGCUGGUCCUUGAGAUGAGUCAGUAUCUCACCCACAAAUCUUAGUGGAGGUAAUUAGUAACAAGUCCAGUUUUCACAUUGAAGAAUGAACUUGGUUCCUGAGACCAGAGACAGAAGGGGUAGUCUCUGUUGCCUUAUUGUGGGCAUAUGGCGGGGUGCUUGGUGGCUGGGGCCUAGCAACUCCUGAAUAAGGCCAUCUUUGGGAUCGAGGUGACUGGCACAUUCCUUUGUGGAAGUGGUCACCAAGUGGGGAGGGUCCUGGCGUCCCAGGAAGCUGAAGCUGGGUGCUCAUGAGAGCUCUCAGCAAGAAGCCCAGAGGGUCAGCUCGGGUUUUAUCUUCUGAUUUCCCCACGUGCUUUCAGGUCAAGUAAGAGGAGCUUCCUAGCCUAGUAGCUGGGAAAGCGACACCACCUCGUGUGUAUUUAUCUAUAUCUAUAUAUAUGCACAUUGUUUUUCUUUCUCCCAUUUAUUGAAGAUAUUUCACUGUACAGACGAGAUUCAAAAGACUAUUUUAACAUAUACCUGUGCAUUCUUAAUGAAUGGUAUAACUUGCUUCAGAUCCAUUUUUUGUGUGAGAAAUAAAAUGUGGCUGAAACUGUAUGCUCUCCCUUGUGACUUCAGUUUCUUACUUCUGUGUGUGGAUGUGUUUCCUACUUGUUUUGCUUCAUAAAUAUCAUGCAGUCCUUAUGUCAAGAUUUUUCUUUUCUUUUCUUUUCUUUUCUUCUUUCUUUCUUUCUUUCUUUCUUUCUUUCUUUCUUUCUUAAUGUUUAUUUAUUUUUGAGAGAGAGAAAGAGAGAGAAACAGAGCAUGAGCAGGGGAGGGGCAGAGAGAGAGAGGGAGACAGAAUCGAAAGCAGGCUCCAGGCUCCGAGGUGUCAGCACAGAGCCUGAUGCAGGGCUCAAACUCACAAACCAUGAGAUCACAACCUGAGCCAAAGUCAGAUGCUCAACCGACUGAACCGCCCAGGUGCCCCAAGGUUUUUGUUUUCUGCUCUGAAUCUUAUAGGUUCUCACAGCAGCCUCCUGAGGGACCUCGGGCAAGAGUCCUGAGCGCCUUGCCUUUGAGGACGCUGAGGGCAAGAGCACGUGGAGCGCUUCCCCAGGGUCGUGGGGCAGAGGCAGACCUCACUCCAGCUUGCCAGGACAGGAAUCAGCCCUAGUUCCACUUGCUUUUGUGAAAGUGGUGUAGGUGUGCCUGAAAUUCCAAGAAUUCUGGAAUAUUCGUUCCUCAAGCCGAGGAGGUCAGCCUGUGCACCAAGUUGGAGCUUCCCCAGGGAGCUGACGGACACGCUGUCAAGGAGAGCAGGGCGCAUCUGCAGAGGGCCGGGCCUGAGCCGCCUCCCUGUGAGCCCUACUUGUGACCGCUCAUGGGACACCUGGGUCUUUCCCCUUUACGAGCGGGCGCACCUAACUGCCACCCCUAACUGCCCUCAGCAUGGGGAAAGUCCACGGCAGCCUGGGUCCUGUUUAUGUUUAUUAUUAUUUGCCUGUUUCAUGUUCUGAGCAUAUUAGUAGCUAUUGUGUAAUCAUAUUUAAAACAUAUUACUCUUAGUGUUUUCCAUAGUGUUUUCUGGGUUUCUAAUUCUGCAGUGUAUGUUUGAAAUUAGUGUCUCUUUUACUUGUAGAAGGGGUGAAAUGUAACAUUUAACUUUGCCCAGGUGGACUUUGAAGUCACUCUUAUGGUAUUUAUUUUUCCCCAGUGGGCUUCUUCUCCUGUAACUUGAUUCAUAUUUUUGGAAUCUUCCUGUAUGAUAUAUUUUAAAGGCGAUUAAACAGACCCUGUGAUUUGAGUCUAAGCGAGUUGCUGAGUUGGCCAGAGGCUGAUCCGAAUGGAUCCUUGAAUUCAGAUCUUCAGUGUGUCCAUGAGGUCCCAGCAGGCUCAGAAGCACCCUGGAUGUUGAUGGCGGUGGGCAGGGGAGGAUGUGAAUGGCUCAGGGCAAAGAGCGGCACUGCUUGGAAAAUUAACAAUGGCCUUGCUCCAUAAGGAGCCUGCCUUAGGUCAGUUUCUAGGCAAGUAGAAUUUUGUUUCUCUGCCAGAUGUGAUCUGUCCUUGCUGGAACCUCUUCCUGUGCUCAUCAUAUCUUAGGCACUGUCAGUCUUCGGAGUAGCAGUCUGUGCCCGCCUUGCUUGCGCAUUGUGAUGAUGUGCUGAAUAAGGGUGGAGUGGGGAGGGGUUUGGUUUCACCUGGUCCCAGGGUUCCUGUUCCUCCAAAGUCAGGGUGGGGAGGAAAGGCUAGAGGAGGAUGUCCAGGUGGCUGUCUAGACACAUCACAAGAAAAUAAGCGUGGACCCACUCACUGUGCUUGUCUGCAGCAGGGGCUGUGACAGCAGCCAGAACAGACCUCCCACUCCCUGCAGAGAGGGGCUAAUUCUUGGGCAGUCUCGUUAUUCUGUCCUUGUCUUGGUGAAAACAAACUUCCCUUUCCCUCGAUCGAUCUCCAGUUGACCAGUUUCCAGUUUUUGAAGAGAUUUGCCACUCCCACUGCUUGACUAGGUUUCCCUUGUUGAGGGAGGGCCUGAUGGCCUAAUCUACAGAGGGUGCUGCAGUUUGGACCAAGUGGUGGUGAGUGAAAGGUCUCUUCUGGGCCCUGAAGGAUCUGUGAAGGAUCUGUGAAGGCCCUGGAGGAUCUGUGAAGGCCUGAAGGAUCAAGGAUCUGUGAAAUUCUCGAGCCAAGGGAAUGACGGUAACAGGACUACCAAUUGACCUUUGUUUCCUGGGUGUUGGUGGGGAAUGGAGACCAGACUCAAAGGCCCGUUGUAUUUAAAUAAUGGCCUCUCCCCUUCAGUUACCCAAAGAAGGAGUGAUUAUGACAGGAAUCAGGAGAACAAGGUUGUGGAAGUGUUUAGUAAGCAGCUGCUGUGACAGCUGCUGAUCCUGGCUUGCCCUCACGCCCUCCCGGACCUGUGUUUGCCAGACCUGGCACUUCCUCCCUCAUUGUUGCAUUGGAUGGACCCAGGCUGCUUUUUUCUGUAGAGAAGUGGGGUCUAAACUGGGGAGAAGGGCCCUCUGGACAUUAGGCUGAAGAUGCCUCUGUGUCGGUCUCCAGGCAUUAGGCAGGGCCUAGCUCCUUACAGCCUCCUGGGGGCUUUACCUAUACGUAGCGCUCAGACGGAUUAGCUGGGCUUAGUCCCCUGGUGAUUCUGUUCCGGGAGAAAUUGUAUCUGAUAUCGUCCGCAUCACUGUCUUUGUCCUUGGCUCCUGGAACACGUCUAUUUCACAUCUCCAUUAGGUUCAUGUACUGGGCUUGCCGCCUUUGUGCCUAGAAACGCCAGAAUAGGAAGGGAGUUCUAGCGGGCAGAAUGUGCAUACCUGUUCUUAAAAGACGCCCUUCGUGUGCUGUUUCGUUUAAAUCCUCCAUACACAGAGCACCGUGUUCCUGCCUUAAGUCACACUAGCUGGGUGCCUGGGGACUGGUUAGAAAGGGGAAGAGCUGAGCAGACAUCAGGGCCAAUAAAACUAGAGGACUUGGAGCCAAGAGAACAGGUGAGGGACAGGACACAGAGAGCUGCUGUUGUCCAGCCAGAGGACAGCCGAGAGACCACAGGAGCCAAGGAGAGGCCAGGAGUCCUGCAGCUGAGGGCAGACUGACAGAGGCCGGCUGUGUGUUUUGUGGGUGCAGGGGUCAGGAACAGGGCUCAGAAGCCCAUCCGGGGAGAGGCAAAGCUCAUGGAUUGUGGACUACCUUCUGGAGCUGAUGCUGAUGCCAAAUUUUAAUUUUUAUUGAUGUUUAUACUUUCCAGGAGAGGAGGGGAAGAUCAAAGUGGUAGAGGAAAGAGUCCCCUCUGUUGAAGCCCUGGGAGCCCUGUGCCGUUGGGUGAGUUGGGCACAGCUAUGGGCCUCCUCCUCAAUUCUGUCUAUUCUGAGGAUCUGUUUCAGGGUAAAGUUCCCCCAAACAGAAGUGGCCUCCCUUGGGGAGUGCCAGGCAGUCACAUGUUGCCUAUCACUGCCUGUGUCUGAGCCACGCAGAGGUUAGCCCAUAUAUACCCUGCCCCCUCAGGGUCACUUUCUCUGCUCCUCUUGUGUGGGUGAGAUUUGGUAUUCUUGCAUGGAUAUACAGGGUAUUGACAUUCGGUUUUCUUGACCUCAAACACGGGUGACCUUGGAGCAGCUCUUGGGCGUGUGUGGAGCCCACCUGACAGUCCUAGGGCCUCUCCCAAUAGGUGUGAGCCCAUGUGCUGCCGCCGUGCCCUUUACCCAACUUAGUGGUUCACAGUCCAUGUGUGUUAGCCACCGCUGACCUUUCUCCGCGUGCUGUCUGAUCCCUGUUGAACAAUACACGUAGAUUCUUUUCCAGCACGGUUCCACAA